GGGAGAGAGCGGAUAUAGUGAAUGCAGGGUCCGGGGAGAGCGGAUAUAGUGAAUGCAGGAUCCGGGGAGAGCGGAUAUAGUGAAUGCAGGGUACCGGGAGAGCGGAUAUAGUGAAUGCAGGGUCCGGGAGAGACCGGAUAUAGUGAAUGCAGGGUCCGGGGAGACCGGAUAUAGUGAUGCAGGAUCCGGGGAGACUGGAUAUAGGUGAAUGCGGGGUCGGUGGAGACCGGAUAUAGUGAAUACGGGGUCCGGGGAGACCGGAUAGACUGAAUGCAGUGGU